AUGGCAACGGCCUUAGCAAGAGAGAGAUCUGAUCAACGACGGAACUGGUGGAGCUCGUUCAAUUCGCGUUGGAGGAGUAGCGAAUCGAGUACAAGCGCGGACGACGAGGGUGCUCCUAGAGAAGCGCGACUCGCCGAGGAUGGGACGGAAGGCGGAAGGGACGAAGAAGGGAACGGGGGAGAGGGAGAGGAGGGGGAGGGGGAGGAAAGGCAGGGCGGGGAGGAGGAAUACGCAGGAGAGGAGGAAGAAGAGCAGGGUAACGGGGAGGCGGAAGGCGACGCGGAAGGGGAGUGGGAUGAGGGAGGGGAGAGCGAUGACGAAGGGCAGUGGGACGAGGAGGAGGGUGAUGAGGAGGGUGAAUGGGGAGGGGAUGCGCUUGGAGGAAUGAGCGCGGAGGACCUAGAGGGACUUUGGCGGGCGGGAGACGAGGCGGCGGAAGGGGAAGGGGACUGGGAGGGGGAAGGGGAAGGGGAGUGGGAAGGGGAGGGGGAGGGGGAAGGGGAAGGGGAGGGGGAGGGGGAAGGAGGAAAGGGCCGGGACCAAGAAUGGGGCACGCGGAGGGGGGAUGAGGGGGAAAUUGGCGCGCAGGGCUGGGCGCGGCCGGAAGCAGCGGAUGACGUGGCGGAAACGGCGGAAGCGGCGGAAGCCGAGGCGGACGGCCGCGCGGACAGGGAGGGGAGCGGAGAGCGUCGAACGGACAGAUCUGGAUCCAGUGAUGAGUCUAACGAACUGCUUGUGACAACAACGAGUGCAGCGCAGACGCAAUGGACGAGCGAUCUCGCCCAGCGAUCCUCGCAGCGCUCCCUCAUCGCAGUCGCCGACGCCGUUAGGAGCGGUCGUGCCGUCGCCACAUUCAUUUACGACGUUGCAUACGUUCCAACAAACAACACCGCAAAUCGUACUGUUCCCGCGCCACCACCGCCUUGCCCUUCCCCCCCUUCACAAAUCCCCCCCUCGCCCCCUCCCCCUGGUACUCCUUCCCCCACAAUCUCCCCCUCCUCCGCGCAAUCCCAACCCUGCAAUCCGCAAACUCCCCCCUCCCCCGGAAAUCCCUCCCCGCCCCCUCUCAUCUCCCCCUCCCCAACUCCCCCCACUAACAACUCGCCAGCAGGUGCCGGAGGUUCGGCAGCCGCCUCGACAGCAGGCUCGUCAGCGGGCUCGGCGCAGGGGAUUGGCUACGUAUUCCCAUCAUCCACCCCUUCGUGCUCCUCUGGCCCGUUUGUCUCCAUGCUCUUCAUUCCUCUCAAGCCCUCCUGCCCCAGUCCCCCCAACACAAGACAACUCACUGUAAUCACGUGA